CAACAGCACAUUCCGUUACAUCAGACACUCUCACGCUUGCAUGGACAACGCCAACGCAAUUUGAGGAGGGGAAUUAUUUUUAGAUUCCGGCAAGUUCACAGAAUGUACCCAGGUUCUGACAAAUAUCCAGUGUAAAACAGAGUACAUAUUUCGGGUUCGAGCUGUUUACAGCAACGGAGAAGGACCAUACAGUGAGGAGAGUGCAGUAGUUAAGACCCCAAAUUCGGCUGCCUUCAGAUUGUGUGAGGUUCGCCCAAAGACACUGAUUGGAAGGAAAAGACCUUGCUGAAGAUUGGAGAGACAGGGACAGGCAAGAGUACCCUUGUUGAUGGAAUGACAAACUACAUUCUGGGGGUGACCUGGAACGAUUCCUUUAGGUUUGAUAUUGUUAAUCUAGAAGACGAAGAAAAGAAAAAGGUUGGAAAUCAGGCGGUUUCUCAAACAGAAUGGAUAACAUGUUAUACCAUCUACCCGCACGAAGGAAGCAGAAUUCCAUAUACAAUCAACAUAAUCGGCACUCCAGGCUUUGGUGAUACUAGAGGGCUUGAUCGGGAUCUGGAAAUCGUUGAACAAAUCCGAGAAUUGUUUUCAGCGAAAUCCCCAAGGGGCGUGUUAUCUAUUGACGCAGUUUGCUUUCUAAUUAAAGCGCCGGAUGCACGAUUAACGCCAGUUCAAAGUUACAUCUUCCAAUCAAUCAUGUCCCUAUUUGCAAAGGACAUAGAGGACAACAUAUGCUCACUUAUAACAUUUGCCGACGGUAUGGAACCCCCUGUUUUUGCAGCAAUUAAAGAGUCAGGAUUGCCGUUUGGUGAGCGUUUCACGUUCAACAAUUCGGGUCUUUUUGCAAGAAACACUAGUCUUUCUCAGAGCAGUUUAUCACCUAUGUUUUGGGAUAUGGGUCUUGUAAGUUUCAGAAACUUCUUCAAUCACAUGGAUUCACCGGAUACAAAGAGCCUGCAACUGACCAGUGAUGUUGUAUAUGAGCGAAGCCGCUUGGAAGCAACAAUAAGAAACCUACAGCCAAUGCUUGACGUUGGACUUGAUAAUAUCAGCGAAUUAAAAUCGGAGAUAAACAUAUUUCAAGAAAACAAUUCUAUUAUCACCGAUAAUAAAGACUUUACGUAUGUUGUUCCGACAACUAAACACAUAAAAAUCGAUCUACCAAGUGGGUUACAUGAUACAAAUUGCACAUAUUGCAUUUUCACUUGUCAUGAAAACUGCAAUAUUGCGAACGACGCUGAAAAAAUCGGGUGUUGGGCAAUGACUGAUGGAUUUUGCAGAAUUUGUCCGGAAAGGUGUUUCUGGAAUCAACAUGCAAACACGCCGUACAUUUUUGAUUACAUCAAUCUUGAUGAAACGAAAACAUACGCAGAAAUGAAAAAGACAUAUGAGUGGCAUCGGGAAAGCUUCUAACACAGGAACAAGUGUUGGACAAAAUUAGAGAGGAGCUUGACGAAAUCGACGAUAUGAUUCAAACGAUGAUGCUUGUUGUCCGCGAUUGCAAUAUCCGUCUAGGGAAAAUUGCCUUGCGUCCAAAUCCGUUGUCCAUGACUCAACACAUUGAUUUAAUGAUUGAAAGUGAAACGAUGGAGAAGAAAGAUGGCUGGUAUGAGAUGGGUUCAGACGCUGUACCGGUUCCGUAAGCGAGCACAGGUCGUGAAUGACGCUGAAAGUUUUUUCAAGGAAGCAAUAAACCUUGGAGUAACUGGGAACAGGCGUAAAGACAAAGAAACCAUAUUUCAAAGGUUUCGUGACAAGUUUGAAGGGAAAAGACACACGGAUUGACAGCCAACAUCAAGUAGUAGUGAAACGUAUACUGUUGAAGAGUCAAAUGCAUGCAAUGAGCAGCAACAAACUGAUGACAGUGACAUCACAAAAUGAUAUGUUACCAACAGUAAUUAUAAAGAUCAAUAAUAUAAUAUUGAAGAAUAAUGCCCAUGACGGUUUAUCAUAUUUCAAAAAACAAUGAGUUUAGGUCACCAUGUCUAUCUUGCAAUUGUUGUUAAUGUUUGAAUAGGGUCUGACAGUUGGCUGUGAUCAGAAUGUGUUCAUUUUUGGAAUACCAGUUUUAAUAUUUCUCAAAAUUUUCUAAUCUGAUAAUGCCUAUUGAAGUUUCUCUAUUGAAAUCUUAUCGACUUCUUCAAGUUUAUUUAUCACAUUGUUGCACACUUUGAAGAUAUAAUCAAAGUAAUUAUUCGUGAAGAUUGAGUAGUUUUGCGAGUUAAGUUCGUCUGUUGUGUCAACUCUAAUUUUAAUGUAAGAAUGCAUGGCCACAUCAUCUCUCAGUUUUUAUUAUAAGUUUUACUUACAGAGCGAUAUAUUGAGCACAGACUUGUUAACACUGCAAGUACUUUUUAACCUAACAACGUAUUAAAAACAUUAAAAUUGUUCACAGAUUUAAGAGUUAUUUAAAAAAAGUUAAUUGAAGACAUCACAGUGAACUAAUAUCUCAUUGUACAAAUUCAGACUUAACCUUACAUUCCGAUCACACUGGGUGUAAGCCUUGGUCGAUUUAAAAGUAUGAACGUUCCGAAUGUUAAUAGAAAAUGGUUGAUACAUGAUAUUUGUCCUGAAAUUAUAGAGGUGUUAUAUGUUACAAAAGCUGAAAUGAACAUUAUUUGCGUAUUGUAACAUCAUAAUAACAAGAGCUCAAUUAUUAAACCGAGUUAUGUUUGGAAGACACCUUUAAACUUAAUUCAUAGUCUUAUAUAUGUAAAUGUCUACCAAAUUAUAACCAUUGAUUGAUGAUAUGGUUAUAUCAGCCCAUCAAUGAAUUAGCCAACCUGCCAACAAAUAGAUAAUGCCUAAUUAAGUUGAACAAUAUUGUU